UCUCAAAGUACAGGAAGUGACGUUGCUAGCCUUUAGCUGCAUCGCUGCAACAGUUUCAGUCUCUGUGUCAGACUCCUUCCUUGUCUAACAAAUGGAUUGGUGCAUUUGCUCUUUGCUGUGGAGUUUCAUCCCGCUGUGUUUGCUCGUCCACGUCCUGUGCUUCAUCUUCGGGGACGCAGACCUCACUCUCCUGCGGGCCAGUCUAACAGGACACAGUCCAGAAACCAAGCUGAAAGGGCUGGUGGUCUGGGUGACUGGAGCCUCCAGUGGGAUUGGGGAGGAACUGGCUUAUCAGCUGGCGAGAUGCGGGUCACGUCUCAUCCUGUCCGCUCGCCGUGAAGACCAACUGAACCGAGUUAAAAGUCAAUGUCUGGAGAACUCCAGCCUCAAAGAUGAGGACAUUCUUGUUCUUCCUCUUGAUUUGUUGGACAGAAAGUCGCAUGAGGAAAAAGCAAAAGCUGUGAUAGAAUACUUUGGGCAUAUUGACAUCCUAAUUAACAACGGGGGCCGGAGCCAGCGCUCUCUGUGCUUGGAGACCUGUGUUGAGGUUUACCAGGCCUUGAUGGAGCUCAACUUCCUCGGCACGGUCUCUUUAACCAAGCAGGUGCUGCCUCAUAUGACGCAGAGAGGCAGAGGGAGUAUCGUGACUGUCAGCAGCGUGGUCGGCCUGGCUGGGGCACCGCUGGCAACAGGGUACUCUGCCAGUAAGCACGCUCUGCAGGGUUUCUUUAAUUCCCUUCGAACUGAGCUGACGGACUUUCCAGAUAUACUCAUCAGCACGGUGUGUCCCGGGCCGGUGCAGUCACAGAUCGUCGACAACGCCUUCACUGAAGAACUGAACAAACCCGUGGCCACGGUUGGCAGCCAGGAGCACAAGAUGUCGACAAGCCGCUGCGUGCGUCUAAUGCUGGUGGGAAUUGCCAACGGCGUGAAGGAAAUGUGGAUUGCCCAGCAGCCCUUCCUCCUGUUUUACUACGCCUGGCAGUAUGCACCUACGGUCGCCUGGGCCAUGACCAACCUGUUGGGCAGAAAAAGGGUGCAGAAUUUCAAAGCUGGCCUGGACGCAGACUCUGCAUACUUCACUAAACCAAAGACCUCCUGAAAGACGCAUCCUGAUGGGGAAGGACUCCGCUGCAUUCCUGACGCUGGCUGUUUUCUACUUUCUACCAGGAAAGAUUUAAGGGUGAAGGAUAGCUCUUUUGAAAGCUCGCCGCUGCUUCCAUCCCAGAUGUAAUGAGUCUCUUUUUGACGACAUAUUUUACUGUAGCCUGAAGACUAUAUUUAAGAAUGACGAUGAUGCCCUUGUACUGACCUUUCCAAAGUAAAAAAAAAAAAAA